AUGAAAUCGGAUGGCAGCUCGAUUGUUGUGGUAUUCGGACGUCCAGGAGCUGGCAAAACCACAAUCUCCUCCAUGGCAAUCGAGGCGUUUGAAAACGACCAGCAAACGAUGAUGAUGAUGAUGAUGCGGAGCCGUAAAAAUUUCGUGUUGACAGGAUUGGACCUAGAUGUUUGUGUUCCCCAAUGGAUGAAGGACAACUUCUCCAAAGGGAUGUAUCCAACACUGAAACAACGGAACGAAUUUGCCUUUGAGUGUUGCAAGUAUGUGAGGGAAAAGCUUGCUGGUGGUGAAGCGGAUCCUGCAAAACCAAUAAACAAUAAUGCCACAAUCAUCAGUUUCAGCUUUGUGAAUGACGACUUGAGGGAGAUUUUCAGGUCCAAUUUUCCAGAAGCGACCUGGGUAUUGGUAGAUACUUCAGAAGAAGAGGCUACUCGGAGAAUACAAUCUCGGCAAGACCACUUUUAUACAGGGGAAGCCUCUCAAAGUAACACUGAUAAUGAUGAAGAUCGAACAAUAAGUAGGGAACAAGACCACGAUCCAACCAAUCAGGACAAUAGCGACUGGAAGUUUGCAGCUGUGACUUUUGAGCAUGAAAUUCUGGACGGGAAAGAAGCAGUAGAGAAGAAUGCUUUGAAGCUGAUAGAGAUUAUUAAGAAACUACCCAUGGCUUCGGCUUAG